AUGUCCAGCAUCCCCUCGACGUUCAAGGCCUACCAGUUUGCCAGCUACGGCGACGUACUCAAGGAGGCCAAGCUGAACACGCAGACGGCGCUGAAGCCACUGGAACCCACCCAGGUCCGCGUCAAGGUGGUGAGCGCUGCGAUCAACCCCCUCGACUACAAGUUGCUCAUGUUCGGAGCUGCCUUCCUGCCGACGGCCCCGACUGCUGAGAACCCGUUCCGCAUGGGUUUCGACACGGCCGGUGUUAUCGUUGAGGUCGGUAGCGGUGACGUCCGUGGCUUCAAGGUGGGCGACGCCGUGUACGGCACUCCCGACAUUACUGCCGGCGGAAGCUUUGGUGAAUACUUCGCUGUCGACACGAAGUACUUGGCGCACAAGCCGAGCAACUUAACGUUCAACGAAGCUGCUGGAGUGCCGAUGGCAGGAUUGACCAGCUACCAGGCGCUUAACAACCUCGGAAAGCUCGAGGCUGGACAGCGUGUGCUCAUUCUGGGCGGCAGCAGUGCCACGGGUCAAUUCGCGAUCCAGAUCGCCAAGGCUGUCGGUGCCGAAGUUGUCGACUACACGUCGGAGAAGUGGGGCGCCGUCCGUGCUGAGCACUCGGCGGACUUGAUCUACGACUGCGGUAUGGAGCCUGAGUCCUGGGCCGAGGACGCGCAAAAGGUUCUGAAGCAGAACACCGGCAAGUUUGUCACUAUCGGCAUGGGCCCGAAGCCGGUGGACUCCCCCAUCGGUGCCACCUUUCACCAGCUUUACUUGCACCCGACCCCAGAAGACUUGCAGGGCCUCACAAAGUUGGUCGUGGCCGGCGAAGUCAAGCCAACGAUCGAUUCGGUCCACCCGCUCGAGAACGUCUUGGACGCUAUCAAGCUGCAGAUGUCGAACCACGCGAGAGGCAAGAUCAUCAUUGAGGUCGCCAACGAGUAG